CAAAACAACCUCAACGCCAGAGACUCGAAGGCCCGAGGAGAUUCACGCGAGGGAAAACACACACCUCGAUUUCCCUUCCCCCCCGAGGAUUUUGCGUCUGGUCGGAGCAGCGAGGCGAGGAUGUGGUCCUUAUUCUCCCGGGAUCCUACGAGCUCCUUUGGCUAUGAGAUCGGAGAGACGGUGGAGCACGCGAGGGCGGUGUGGAGGAUGCACCGCGGGAAGAAAAAGCAAAAUGGAGAUGACGUGAGUGUAUUUAUAUGUGAGGGCACUUCAGCACAACUCGAUAUAGCAAAAGCGGCCGUAAAGAGGUUGAAAACUCUCCGUCACCCAUGUAUACUCACUUACGUCGAUAGUCUUGAGAAUGACAAAUUGGUGUACUUGGUGACUGAGCCAGUGACGCCACUCCUGACGUGGUUGAAAGACAGUGCCCUCAGCCCAUCACAUCGCACCAGUGCUGUGUCCUGGGGGCUCCUGCAAGUAACAAAAGGCCUCAGCUUUCUGAACAAUGACGGAAAACUGAUACACUAUAAUGUAUGUGGAAGCAGUGUCUUUGUGACUCCAGGUGGAGAAUGGAAGCUUGGGGGGGUAGAGUAUGCCAGCUCAGACAGCUCCAUGUUUCCUGUCAAAGUGCUGCCAGAGCUUGAGAUUUAUAAUCCGCCAGAGAAGAUGAAUCCGUCUAAAAUGAGAACAACGACCAUGUGGGCAGCUGAUAUGUGGGGGCUCGGAUGCCUGAUCUGGGAAGUGUUCAAUGGGCUUCUAGACGAAUCUUUUUCUCUCAAAAACACCCAGAAGUUGCCAAAGAGCCUGAUUGAAACUUACACGAAGCUAGUCGGGGCAAACCCUGGAACGAGACCAAAUCCUAAGGACGUUGUCGAGGAUCUGCGCAAGCCUGGGCAGUUCUUCCGGAACGAUCUUAUUGAAACUCUCCUCUUCUUGGAGGAGAUUCAUCUAAAGGACGCAAAUGAGAAGCACAAGUUCUUUGCUAAUCUGACUCCAAAGCUCGAAAACAUUCCCAACUACAUUGCAACGAACAAGAUUUUGCCGAUUGUGAUAUCUGCCCAUGAGUUUUCCAAUGUGGGAUCAGUAGUGUUAAGUCCCCUCUUUAAGAUAGGUAAGUUACUAGACGAGGCCGAGUACCAGCGGCAGAUCCUCCCAACGGUGGUGAAGCUGUUCUCGUCCAGCGACCGGGCCACCAGACUAAAGCUUCUCCAGCAGAUGGAAAGCUUAGUGGAGUACAUGGACCCGAAGACUGUGAAUGACCAGGUGUUCCCCCAACUGGCCACGGGCUUUUCCGACUCCAAUCCCACAAUCCGCGAGCAGACUGUGAAGUCUAUAAUGUUCUUGGCUCCAAAACUUAAUUAUAAUAACCUGAAUAUUGAAGUCUUGAAGCAUUUUGCCCGCCUGCAAUUGAAGGAUGAACAGGGAGGAAUUCGUACCAACACUACAGUAUGUUUAGGGAAAGUGGCUCAGAACUUGCACCCAGACAUCAGACAAAAGUGCCUGACGUCCGCCUUCACCCGAGCCAUGAGGGAUCCCUUCCCUCCGGCACGAAUAGCAGGAAUCAUGGCCAUCGCAGCCACACAGCAGUAUUAUCCUCUUCAGGAAGUAGUUAGCAAAAUCCUUCCUAGCCUUUGCCACCUGACCCUAGAUCCUGAAAAGUCAGUUCGGGAUGCCGUUUUCCGAGUGCUAAAGGGCUUCCUCAGCAAGGUUGAGAAAGUAUCAGAGGAUCCAUCACUCAAGGAAGUUAUGGAGGCUGAAGUGAAGAGUGCUUCCAGUAGUUCACAGACAACAUGGACAGGCUGGGCAGUUGGUGCUAUUACUUCCAAGUUCUAUAAGACAUCCAGUGGAGCUCAGCCACAGAAGCAGGCUUCCACCUCGUCAUCUGGCACUGUUACUCCAUCCACCAAAACGAGCAGUGUGGCUUCCACUCCCUCCCAGGGCCGUGCUUCCAGCAACACGCCCAACAGUGCUGCUCCCAAUGAAGACGACAAAUCGGAUUACGAAGACUGGGAAAAUUCUGAGUGGCAGAGUAUGGAUGAUGGCAUAAACACAAAACCACGUCAGUCCCCUGUCACAGUGCAGAAAUCCACCACUGUGUCUGAAGCUUUGGCUGAUGUUGGUGAUAUGGAUGGUGGGGAUGGCUGGGGGGACGACAAUGAGGAGUGGGGCAGUCUAGAGGAUACCCAGCACGGGGACAGCCUUGGUGGAGGGGAACUUGAGCCGGAUUCGAAGUUCAAAUCUACAGCUUCCUACAACUGGGAUACGACAGGACCAGCCGAGGACAGUGAUGACUUUUUCUCCUCGCUGGUUGGUGGUAAUGAGGGAAAGUUUGGAGGCGUGUCCCAGAGAUCUACAACUAUGUCAUCGCCGAGUACAACUAGUAGCGGUUGGGACGACUGGGAAGCCAAAUCACCCGCAGAGUCUAGUACCAUUGGAGGUAACAGUAAGGCUGACGAACAGCGGCGGCAACGGGAGGAGAAGCGCCUGCAGAGGCAGAAGGAGAUUGAGGCGAAGAGAGCAGCUCGCGCGGGACCCAUGAAACUCGGUGCUAAAAAGAUCUAGGGUUUCGGGUUGCUGACUUCGACGUGAUGGACCAAAGUUUUCCUUUGAAACCCCCUUUUUUUCCCCUUUUCUUUCCUUUUUUUUUUUUUUUUUGUAUUGUUGUGUUUGGGCUUUUGAAUAGGAGGUAUGGAGAUAAUUAUGGCAUUAAGGAUAGAGCCUUCUGCACAAGGUGCUUAGAGUUAAGUUGAGCAAUAUUUUGCCGAAUAGUGCUGGCACUUUCAAUAAAGUCUGACGGGAUA